AUGGCUUUCUAUCCAAACGUGAUAUCUAUGUUGAAAAUAAUUGUUGUGCUAUUGUUAUCUAAAACUAUAUUUGUAGUUGCAAGGCAUGGACAAUGGUCCAAGGAAGAAAAAGUAAACGUCCAGAAUGUUAAAGAUCUUGUGACAAACUUGCCUGGUCAGCCUAGUGUAGACUUCCGACACUAUGCUGGAUAUGUGACUGUAAAUGAGAAAAAAGGAAGGGCACUAUUUUACUGGUUUUAUGAAGCCUGGACUCUUCCACAUGAGAAGCCCUUGGUGUUGUGGUUAAAUGGAGGUCCUGGGUGUUCAUCAGUGGGAUAUGGAGCUACACAGGAGAUUGGGCCAUUCAUUGUGAAUACAGACGGAAAAGGUCUUCAUCUCAAUCCCUACUCGUGGAACAGAGAAGCUAAUAUGCUUUUCCUUGAAUCCCCUGUUGGUGUUGGCUUUUCAUACUCAAACACAGCCAAUGAUUAUGAUAAUCUUGGAGAUGACCUCACUGCUAAGGAUGCAUAUGCUUUCCUUCAUAACUGGUUCCAAAAGUUUCCUUCGUUUAAGAAUAGAACAUUUUAUAUUGCUGGAGAAAGCUAUGCAGGGAAGUAUGUUCCAGAACUGGCAGGCCUUAUACAUGAUAAAAACAAUGAUGCUUCACUGUAUAUCAACCUGAAAGGCAUAUUGUUAGGUAACCCUGAAACGAAUGAUGCUGAGGACUGGAAAGGUCUAAUUGACUAUGCCUGGAGUCAUGCUGUAGUAUCAGAUGAAACUCACAAAAUCAUAAGAGAAAACUGUGACUUCAACAGUAACAAUACUUGGAGCAAUGAGGAUUGCAGCCAAGCUGUGGAUGAAGUUCUAGCACAAUAUAGUGAGAUAGACAUUUACAGCCUCUAUACAUCAGUCUGUAUUACCAAUUCAGCGUAUGCGGAUAAUAAAGCGAUGCAGGUUGUGUUCAAGAAAAGCUCAUCUAAGAUGAUGCCACGUAUAAUGGGGGGUUAUGAUCCUUGCCUCGAUGAUUAUGCAAAAAGUUAUUAUAAUAAACCUGAAGUUCAGAAGGCACUACAUGUUGGGGAUGGUCUUAAUCUCAAGAACUGGACCAUUUGCAAUAUGGACAUAUUCAAUGGCUGGGCGCAAUCAAAAGAUUCAGUUCUCCCCAUUUACAAGAAACUAAUUGAUGCCAAGUUUAGAAUAUGGGUCUACAGUGGAGAUACCGAUGGGAGAGUCCCUGUGUUGUCCACAAGAUACAGUUUAAGCUCUCUAGGACUACCUAUUACUCGAGCAUGGAGGCCCUGGUACCACCAAAAGCAGGUUGCUGGUUGGCUGCAGGAGUAUGAAGGUCUUACUUUUGCUACAUUUAGAGGAGCUGGCCAUGCAGUACCCAUCUUCAAACCGAGUGAAUCACUGGCAUUCUUCACUUCCUUUCUCCUUGGAAAAAAUCCACCUCUAAAACGAUAAA